GAAGCCAGAGGAGCGGGAGAUUAGAAAACAAAGUUUUCGUUGGUGUGAAGUUUUGUUUCACACUGAACGUUUGCCGAAAUGCUGAACAAGGCACCCAAACUGAAAUAUACUAUUAAAACGAAGGCGAAGAGUAACAUAAAUCUGAGACCAGCGUCUGAGGCGAUGAUUGAGCUGCUGACAUUGCUGUUUCUGAACAGUCUGGCAGAGGAGGCGAAGGCCAAAGCUUUUGAAGAAAAAUCUGCAACGAUCAGAGCUCAGCAUGUCAAAGCAGUGUCUAAGACAUUGCUGAAAAAAGCAAGAGGAUGAAGACAGUGAAGUGCAUCAUUGUCAUUUUUAUGAAAAUUACUGUGGAUGACAGCUGCAAUGUUUGCUUUUUUUAUGAUAAAUGUUUUGGUUUUUCUGAAUUUUACUUUUCUGUCUUUCUUCUUCUGUUCAUUGUGCAAGCAAAUCACCUGUAUUUGUUUUCCUGUCAUAUGUGUUUUCUGUUUUUUAUUAAAUUCUUGUGAAUCUUAUCCUAAAUCUUAUAAUGCAUCAUAUUUUACAUGUUGUAGACCCGCAACCUACAGUGCUAAAAAUAAUAUCUUCCUCAUAUUAAUACAUUCUUGACUGUUCUGAAAGCCUUCAUAAAAAACCUGUGGUUCUUAGACUGGACUGAACAACUACCAACUAUGGAAAAUGACCAGCAAUAUAUCAGAAUA